AUGACGCGCAUUGCUCGCGAAGUUCUCCAAAAGUCACUUAAAGUGGCCUGUAUUCAAAUAGCCAGUGGUCCUAACAAAGCCCACAAUAUCUCACAAGCAAGACAAAAAGUGUUAGAGGCAGCAGCGGCGGGCGCCUCCCUUGUUGUCCUUCCAGAAUGCUUUAACUCCCCAUAUUCCACGGGAAAGUUUCGCGAAUAUGCCGAGCCAUUAUCGCCACAUCCAGAUCCUAACAAAGCUCCCAGCUUUGCUGCACUGUCGCAGAUGGCUCAGGAUACUGGUGUGUUCUUGAUAGGAGGGAGUAUUCCGGAGUAUGACGAAUCGGGCAAAAUAUACAACACAAGUGCAGUAUAUUCUCCACAAGGAAAACUGCUUGGAUCCCAUCGCAAGAUGCAUUUAUUUGAUAUUGACGUUCCUGGGGGCAUGUCGUUUCACGAAUCGGAUACUCUCUCGCCUGGAAACGACCUGACAGUCAUCGAAUUGGAUGGAUAUGGGAGGAUUGGUCUCGGAAUAUGUUAUGAUAUGCGAUUUGCUGAGCCGAGUACCAUUGCAGCUCGACAGGGUGCUUUUGCAUUGAUUUACCCUUCAGCAUUUAACACUACCACUGGUCCUCUUCAUUGGGAACUUCUGGGUCGUUCUCGGGCUGUGGAUAAUCAAGUGUAUAGUGUUUUGUGUUCACAGUCGAGGGUACCGGGUUCUUCAUACCCUGCUUGGGGGUAUAGUAUGGUUAGCGAUCCUAUGGGUCGAGUUGUUGCUGGCACGAAAGAGAGUGAUGAUAUUAUCUAUGCGACACUGGAGCCAGAAACGAUCAAGGAAACUCGGCAAGCUAUUCCCAUUACCCACCAGAGGAGACAUGAUGUGUAUCCAGAUAUCGCGCAACUUGUUUAA